GGCAGGCGGAAUUCCAGGAGCCCUAUUAAAAGGAAAAACUCCCCCUCCCCAUAGUGAAAAGGUAUGCUUCCGAAAAUUUGUGUUGCUGAUUUGAGUUCACAAAUCACAUUUGUCUUGCAAGAAGACCAGGGCAGAAGCUUCCGCCCCAUUGUGGAAGCGAUUUGUCAUGCUGUUGGGCCUAAAGGGGAGCGGUUUGCCAUGGUGAACAACUAGACCAAUACGCCCCUACCUAGCGCGGGGAUCUGGCCGCAAUGCCUUCCUGCAAUACAAAGCUGCUCUGUGUACACAAAUAAUCCAGCCUCAGAAAUUGCGUUUUAUUUGAUAUGGGGAGGGGAGAUUUUUCCUUUCGAUAAGCCCGGGGUCAGCAUCAAUGCGGACAUGGGGCGGUCCACCCACUCCACUGCGCGGCCGGUGGACGGCUUUGUCAUCUACAGUCGCGAGGGCAUAUAGGGUCAGUCCCUCGCCCAGGCUGCUGUCUUUUUCGACGACGAGGUGACGGCGGCCUUCCGGCUCCCGCUGUACGUAUCCCCGUUCGGGACCUACGUCCCCGUGCGCCGCUUAUCCUGUGCAAAAGUAUCGUACUGCUCGUAGUAAUUGCAACUAUGCGUCGUGACAAAUGUUCUUCCUAAACGUAAAACAGCAUUGCAAAUUCCAUUUCUAUUAAUGCUGAGGCAAUUUGUAUUGCGAUUUAUACUAGUACGAUAAUUUUCUUGCAAUGCAUACCGCUGGUUCCGCCGCAUCAAAAUCGUCAACGACGGCGCCAGUGGAUUCGGCGACCAGGCCCUGACGGUGUGCGGGUUCCACCUCUUUCUGGCGCGCGCCGAGCCCCUGUCGCCCCAUCCCGGGGAGAUGUUGGACCCGUGGCAAAGCAAGAUGCUGACGGCGAGCGGGCGGGGCGCGGACGUCUACCCAGGGGGUACCGGAGCGCUUGACCCUUACCACGAGGUCGCUUUUGAGGGGCCCCUGAACCGCCAGUACGGGGACUACAGCCCGCGGCGACACGACUACCACUUGACGAAGACUAAUGCAUACGGAUUGGGCAUGCAGUGGAUCCGGUACCAACACAUUCCGGUCCACACGGUUACGGCAGCGAGUGAAAUGGGCUGGUGGAAAGUGGUGUUUCCCGACAACAUUCCGCGUUACGUUGCAGCCAUUGUUUUGUUCAACCGCGCCGAGGACGCAGGGUCGUACUGGAGUCGGCAAAAUCAUCUCAGCAUCGCGCUCUUCACAUUAUUGCACCGCGACCGCGUGCCUUUCACGAGAGGCGACCACUUUCUUGCCGCGUGGCCGUACGGCGACGAGUAUGGCGGGAAUACGGG